AUGGAUCUGCAUUCCAAGGAUUACAUGCACAGCCAAGCUUAUCAACUCGACACCAUGGUCAAGUUCAUCACCCUCAUUGCUAUUGCCUGCGCAGGAUUUGCCGCCGCGGCACCUGUCUCCCAAACGGUUGAUGAAGUCAGUGCUGAGAAGCGCACUAAUUCGUACAUCGGUUACGGCUCCGAAGGAGAAUAUGAAGCUGUCAACAACAAGAAGCGUACCAACUCCUACAUUGGCUACGGGUCCGAGGGGGAGUACGAGGCAGUGAACGACAAGCGCACUGAUGACAAGCGCACAAACUCAUACAUUGGCUACGGAUCUGAGGGAGAGUAUGAAGCUGUCAACAACAAAGACAAGCGUACCAAUUCCUACAUUGGAUAUGGCUCUGAAGGGGAAUACGAGGCAGUCAACAACAAGAAGCGCACUAACUCCUACAUUGGCUAUGGAUCGGAGGGAGAGUAUGAAGCUGUCAACAACAAGGACAAGCGUACCAACUCCUACAUCGGAUAUGGAUCGGAGGGUGAAUAUGAGGCAGUUAACGACAAGCGCGACAAUGAUAAGCGCACUAACUCAUAUAUCGGGUAUGGAUCUGAGGGAGAGUACGAGGCUGUAAACGAGAAGAAAUAAGGAUAUAGCAUAGAUACCUACCUAUUAUCCUUGAUGAUAACGAUGCGUGGAUUUGCAUGCUAGCAUGCUUGCCACAUAUUUUGGAACUGGCUGGAAGCGGUUACG